UGACAUCAUUAUUGAAGGGACGACAAGGGAUCUACACAGAAAACGAGAGACGGCUGGGAACAGAGAUAAAAAUACGCUUCUUCAAAAUCAUGCUGGUCUUCUUUAUUUGGCAAGAAACUUGUCUUUAUCUAAGAGAAAGACCAGAAUAUUGCAUGUCAUUGUGGGAUACAUAGUAUGUCGUCUAUAACAUUUCUCCGGUCUUCUAUUGUAUUGUGUUAGCCAAACAGCAUACAAAACUUGGCGGCAAGUAAAUGGGUUAUGGAGGAACCUAUAUUACAGGUCCUGGCAAUAAAGUAAACAGACAUUUGAUUAAGUUAAGGCAACUGUGUUUCCUGGCAAUGCUGGAGAAUGGCUUAUGUGUGACCUUUUUUUCAUAAAGUCCAUGACCUUCCUCAAACAGGCCAUACUUAUAAUGCUGUAGUGUAAAUCCAUUUAUUUCUACAAAGCGUUUUCUGAACAUUAUGGAGAGCUGCAGAGGCCCUUGAAUUCUAAGAUCCAAGUUUUUUUUACUACACUUUUUAUCAAUUACUUUAAGGCUGUGUUUACACAAGCAGCCUUGUGUCUUUUGACCAAUCAGCUCUGAGAGAGAUCUGAUGUGAAAAGAUCUGAUGUGAUUGGUCAAAAGACCAAUUUAGUGGAAAAAAUAUCAGAAUCAGUCUACCUGUGUAACUGCAGCCAGAGACCUAAUUUGGCAUAUUGUAGCUAGCCCUUGGUGAAUCUGUCUAGUCAGUAAAGGAACUUAAUGAAUUUUCAUAAUGAAAAAUAAGAUUCAUUAUAAAAAAGUAUUGACGUUCAGUAUGCUUUCCUGACAUUAAUGUACGAUACCUUUAUCAUGAUUCCCACUUUUCAGCUGGCUUCCCAACAUCAUCAAUGAAAGCCUGCUGUUUUACCUGGAGAUGCAGACAGAUAUAAAAGCUGGUGACUUGAAGAAUGUACGAAACGCAGCCCUCAUCACAUGGUUUAUCAUGGGGAUCUUGAACCCCAUGUCAGGCUUCCUCAACACGUUGGCCUUCCAUGGCUGGACGGGCUUCAAAGUGGACUGCAGCCUGCAGAGGAGGAGGGAGCUGGCCUGGGACUCAGCCUCCACCUCGGCGGCUAACGUGGGGGGCUACAACCCCAUCGUGGGCUCCACCCUGCUCUACCAGAGCCAUGUCCAGGAGGCCAAGAACAUGACAGGCAAGAACAUGACAGGCAACGGGCAGCCGGCCUCCGACGCCAUCAGCGUCCUAUCAGAAGGUUCAGAGUCUAGUACAAUUGAAAUCCACAUUUCCACUGAGCACCGAGACUAUGAGGAGAUAGACGCAGAUGGAGAAUCGUUGGGGAGCUCUGCAAGGCACUAGCUGGAGCCACCUGCAAAACCUGCUGCCAGCCUUCACUCUCUGCACCCCCCCCUCCCCCCCAUGGUUUAGUUUGCAUCCCAAAUGUCACCCUAUUCCCUAUAUAGUGCAGUAAUUUGACCAUGGGCCAUAGGGUUCUGGUCAAAAGUAGUGCACUAUAUAGGUAAUAGGGUGCCAUUUGGGAUGCAAUGUUAGACCUUGUCCCUGAUCUCUGUUGGAAAACCAUGAACCCAUAGACACCCCUUUAGAUAAACCAGGAGUGUUAAAAAUGGUCUGUCUACCUGUACCAUUUAAGUUAUUUUUCUCUUUAGGAUUGCCAUUUCAUUGCUACUGUAGCAUAGUUAAAGGUUUGUUAUCACAGAACAACAUGACACACUUGGCCGUCCGUCUGCUUCUCAUAUCUCUGGUGUCCAUAUAUGACAGGCCCCAAAGGGUUUGCCAGUUAAUUUGCCUCAGCACGGAACACACAGCCCUCCUAAUCACCAUUGGCGUUACGUUACUGAACCAUCAACUGUACAGUAAUGGAAUAGUCCUCAAGGCUACCUCACGGUGUCUCAUUUUCAAUUCAGAUAAGAAAUGUCAGGUUUGUACAAUUGACUAUUGGUGAACCUAGAGGCUGCCUUUUAACAAUGUGCCUUAAUUACUCCAGAAGCAUGUAUUCAAUUCAGCACAUCAGCAGACCCAGUGUACUGUACGUAUACAUGUAUGACUUGUGCACAUAAGAAGCCCCCAAAAGCAUAAACGAACGGGAAUAUAUCUCUACCUGAGAUGUUGUUUAUAGGUAAAUGAUUUGUAGAUAGGGUUUUUAACGUUACAUUGUUAAACUGGUACUUUGGUUCUAUUUUAUACCGUAUUAAACAUUGUGCAAUGAA